AUGUGCUUGUUUCCAACGUGGAUAACACAAUCGGUAAAAAGUUCUUCUUCCCACAUGUUUCGGUUAUUGGCACGAACAACUACUUCAGGCAGAUCCUCUGGCUCUUCAGUUGAUACAUCUUCUUCCAUUACCGGUUCAACGGAGAUUUUCGAUCCAGGUGGAAAAUAUUCAACUUCACAAAUCAGAAAAAGAGUUCCGUCCGAGCGUAGCGCUCACAGUAGAGAAUCUCCUGAAAACGAAAACGAGGUGUUAAAUAGUAUAGCGAUUUUCGAAAAGAAAACGAAAUAUAUGUCAAAAAAGUGGUUUCGCAAUAAGAAAUACGAAAAAAUAUUGAGAAAACAGUGUUUUCAUCAACAAGUUGAAGUUUUCAAACGGCUUAAUUGA